AUGAGUCUAAAAUCUCUGUCUAAAGAAUUGCAGGAUUCAAUCGAUAAAAUCAUAGAAAAAGAAAAAUACAAAAAAUAUGACAUUGCAGUAAAAAAAUUUGAGACGCACGGAAACAAUUUCUUAGGUGGACUUUACGAAAUAGACAUUACUGGUGAAACAACUGAGGGUAAGAAGAAUACAAAUGUUUUUGUUAAACAGCAGAAUCCUAUGGAAUAUUUGAAGUUAUUACCACUUAACGAUCUGUAUUUGAAUGAAGUGUUUAUUUACAACGAUUUAUCCAAAGUUUUUACCACUCUACAAGAUGAAGCAAACGUGCCACAAGACGAACGCUUCAUAAUCGCAAAGGCUUACGAAGAAACUAAUAAUAAUCAACUUAUAUUAGAAAAUUUGUCCAAAAAAGGUUUCAGGACGUAUGGAAAGUUGGAAGAUAUAUCGAUUAAGUACGCACAACUAUCAAUACAACAAAUGGCGAAGUUUCAUGCUCUUUCAUUUGAUGGAGAUGCGGCCGAAGUUAUACCAAUAGACUAUCAAUUUAUUAACUAUGGGUGCCCGGUUAUGGAUUUCUUGUUAUUUAUAUUCACUUCUACCGACAGGGAAUUCAGAAAAAAACACUUGAACGAUCUUAAGGAAUUAUACUUCGAGACGUUAUCGAGCUUCCUGAAGUACUUCAACAUGGACGUGGAGGCUGUGUAUCCGAGGAAGGAGUUCGAGAAGGUUUACACUGAGUGGCUGGACUUCGGGCUCAUGAUGACUCUGUUCUAUUCUUAUGUUUUAUUCGCGCCGGAUACUGGAAUAGAUUUAGGGAAAGUUCCUGUUUCAGAGCUACCUAUCUGUCCUGAUAAAAAGUAUGAUGUAUUUUAUCGAGGUCUUAUAGAUGACUUUGUUGAAUGGGGCCACUUGUAG